AUGCGAGACGAGCCUCCAGACUUCAGAAGUCCAGAGGAGCGCCACCCCCUCGACAAUGAGGUCUAUCGCAACAGAACAGGUUCGCUAGGCCCCAAGGCCACUUUCACCGGCAGGCACAGCUCGGGAGUGGUUUGUGACGAAUUACUUGAAUGCACGGGGAGCGUGCUGGGGAACAUGAAGCCGAGGCCCGAGGGUCGAGGGCUGGCGAGACUGUGGUCGUUUAAGAACAGAGUAUCUGUUAUCAUUCAUCACCGUUACAAGAAGAGGACGCCUUAUUUGUCACAAGAAAGUGAAUCAGCUCCCGAAUUGCGCAAAGUCGCUGCGAGCCAUCAUGACUUCCCUUACCCAAGCGUUCGCCAACAUGCCGCAGGCUGUCGAAGCCAACAUGACCCAGCGUACAUCAGUCAACAUUGGUUUAAAGAAAACACCUGUACUUCGAGGUUGGAGGCUUGUUGUUUCUGCCUUUCUGUGUGUCUGCUUCCUCAAAAUGUGCCACUUCGAGCCUGCUAA